CAAGCCCAGUCUUUCUCCAGCUACCUCUGCAACGGUGAGGCUGAAUCUGACAGCCUUAGAGACCUUGGAGCAGCCAAGUUCAGGUUAACUAAGCCGGGCCAGCAGCCCUCCCAGUCGCAGGUGGCGCUGUCCUCUUCCUUACUGCCUGCACGAAGACGACCCCGCUCUCGAAUCUGGGGUGAGAGGAAGGGGCGGGUCAAAGCUCCGUAGCCUGGGUGGGGCGCGUCCAAAGGGUUGACGGGGUGUGUGGGGGGGGGGAGAGGGUGGUGAAGGGGAAUGGAGAUCGUCCUCGGCUCCAGCCUUUUAAGAGUAAGGCAGGGGCGGCUUAAGGCGGUUUGAGGCAAAACUCUAGUUUGUGCCCCGCUGGGGCCACGUGAUCGGAGAGGUCCCGCCCCCCAGCCAGGUGUUCCAGUCGUGACUCCAGCACUGGCGGCGUCCCAAUCCCACGGGUUUGAGGCGCCAGAGGACCCGCCCUGGGGCUCAUGGCGGCGCCGGUUCGCCUGGGCCGGAAGCGCCCGCUGCCGGCUUGCCCCAACCCACUCUUUGUGCGCUGGCUGACCGAGUGGAGGGACGAGGCAGCCAGCAGGGGGCGCCGCACUCGCUUCGUGUUUCAGAAGGCGCUGCGCUCCCUCCGCCGGUACCCGCUGCCCCUCCGCAGCGGGAAGGAAGCUAAGAUCCUCCAGCACUUCGGAGACGGACUCUGUCGGAUGCUGGACGAGCGGUUACAGCAGCAUGGAGCAUCCGGCGGUGAGCGCCUCCCUCCCGCAGGUGACCUUGCCCCAGUCCCACCGUCUGGAGAAAAGAGUCCAUCCAGGGAAGGGUCUCCUGCCCAAGUCCAGGACUCUUCCAUGCCAGUUCCUGCCCAGCCCCAAGCAGGAGACUCUGGAAGCUACUGGCCUGCUAGGCACUCAGGAGCCAGAGCUGUCCUGCUGGAGCUCUACCGGGAGCACCUGAAUACUGAUGGCCACAGCUUCUUAACCAAGGAGGAACUGCUGCAGAGGUGUGCCCAGAAGGCCCCUAAGGUAGCCUCUGGGAGUGCUCGACCCUGGCCUGCACUCCGUGUCCUCCUCCACAGGAACCUGGUUCUUAGGACACACCGACCAGCCAGGUAUUCACUGACCCCAGAGGGCCUGGAGCUAGCCCAGAAGUUGGCUGAGUCAGAAGGCCUGAGCUUGCUGAGCGUGGGCACUGGGCCCAAGGAGCCCCAUGGGGAGGAACCAGCAGUGCCAGAAGCAGCCUCUGCUGAGCUUGGUGCCAGUGAAGGAGGGGUCCAGCAGCUGCAGUUGGAGCUGAGGCCUGGAGAGUAUAGAGUGCUGUUGUGUGUGGACAUUGGCGAGACUAGGGGGGCAGGACACAGACCAGAGUUACUCCGAGAGCUCCAGAGGCUACAUGUGACCCACACAGUGCGCAAGUUGCAUGUUGGGGACUUUGUGUGGGUAGCACAGGAGACUAGGCCCAGAGACCCAGCAAGACCUGCGGAGUUAGUCCUGGACCACAUUGUGGAACGCAAGCGGCUGGAUGACCUGUGCAGCAGUAUCAUCGAUGGCCGCUUCCGGGAGCAGAAGUUCCGCCUGAAGCGCUGUGGCCUGGCGCGCCGUGUAUACCUGGUAGAGGAGCAUGGCUCAGUCCACAACCUCAGCCUUCCUGAGAGCACACUGCUGCAGGCGAUCACCAACACCCAGGUCAUCGAUGGCUUCUUUGUGAAGCGCACAGCUGACAUUAAAGAGUCAGCUGCCUACCUGGCCCUGUUGACUCGGGGCCUGGAGAGAUUCUAUCAGGGCCACACACUACGCAGCCGCCCCUGGGAGACCCCAGGGGAUCCUGAAUCAGGGACAAGACCCUCCCCAAACCCUCUGUGCUCACUCCUCACCUUCAGUGACUUCAAUGCGGGAGCCAUGAAGAACAAGGCCCAGUCUGUGCGAGAAGUGUUUGCCCGGCAGCUGAUGCAGGUGCGUGGACUGAGUGGGGAAAAGGCAGCAGCUCUGGUGGAGCGAUACAGCACCCCUGCGAGCCUCCUGGCCGCCUAUGAUGCCUGUGCCACCCCCAAGGAACAGGAGAUGCUGCUGAGCACCAUCAAGUGUGGGCGUCUGCAGAGGAAUCUGGGACCCACUCUGAGCAGAACCUUGUCCCAGCUCUACUGUAGCAACAGCCCUCUGACCUGAGCUAUAUGUGCCACAAGACAGCCUCUGGCCCAUCUGCCCCCUCCACCCAUGCCAACCAGCCUUUUUACUGGGCUCUUUAGGACUACAAUAAAAGCCUUAGGUGUUCGCAGCCUUAUAUACUAGGGAGAAGAUAUCUGGCCCAGGACCCUUUUGAAAUUGCAGGAACUGGAAGAUGAGACCAUGUGGUGCAGUGUUUUUUUUUUUUUUCUUUUUGAGAUGCUAAGGAUGGAACACAGAGCCUUAUGCAUGAUAGGCAAGAACUCUACUACUAAGCUAAAUCCCCAGGCCAUCCAGUGCUUUUAAAAACAAGUUCCUGUCCAGAUGUGGUGGUACACGCCUGUAAUAACAGCACUUGGAAGGUUGAGGCAGGAGGAUCAAAUUCAAGGCCAGCCUGGGCUACAUUGUGAGACCCUGUCUCAAAAAAUAAUAAAUAAAGUAAGCUCUUUGGGAUCUGUAGUUCCCUGGUCAGGGAGAUGGAGUCAAUGGGCCAUUGUAGCUUUGAGUCUACUUUAUGUAAUCAGAUGGUCCUAUAAGUCAAGUAAGAGGUUCUAUAACUUGGUAAAGAAGCUAGAAAAACACUCAUGUCUGUUCACCUCAUUUUGUAGAUUGGAAAACAGGCCCUGGGAAACUAGUAAGUCUUGUCCAAAUGUCUAGUUUGAAGCAGAACUAGGGUUGGGACCCAGGCCUCCUGGGACUGUCCCUAGCAGGGUUUCUCAGGACCGCUACAAAUCAGCCAAGCUUAGUGCUCUGGGAUGUGCUCAUUUCAUUAACUCCUCCCUACUUGGGAUGAUUCUGAACCCUGUGGUACAUAGCUCCCCAGACUGUCCCCGUUUAGGGGAACUUGGCCUUUAUGGGCACAGCCUGGCCCCUUCCCCAGCUGAGGUUAACCAUCUACCUCAGCCACCAGAACUCCUUUCUCCCUUUAUUGCCUUUCUCUUUCUGCCUUUCACAACAUCUUCCCUUUUAGUAGAACAGUCAUCUCUGAACUCCAGGCUCCUUAGCUACAGGGGGCUGCAGGGAAAGU